AUGACUUCCCCUUCAUCCCUUGAAACAGGAUAUUCGGUUUGUGCUGGUUGUCUCAACUCGGUUGAUGAUGAAGAAUUUAUUCAUGCUUUGGAUCAAGAUUGGCAUUUAGAAUGUUUUCGAUGUUCGGCAUGUGAUGCAGCUUUGUCCAAUUGGUAUUUCGAGAAAGAUGGUUUAUUAUUUUGUAAGGAAGAUUAUUGGUCAAAGUAUGGAGAAUGCUGUCAAGACUGUGGUCAAGUUAUAACAGGUCCUGUAAUGGUGGCCGGAGAUCAUAAAUUUCAUCCAGAAUGUUUUUGCUGCUCGAGUUGUAGUAAUUUUAUCGGAGAUGGGGAAUCUUAUGCAUUGGUCGAAAGAUCUAAAUUAUAUUGCGGAGUUUGUUACAAAAGGCAAAUGCAACCUCUUAAUAAAAAUUCCCUUUCAACCUUCAAUAAAAAACCGCAUUCGAUUAGGCUUGUCGAAAUACCCCCCAUGGCCGAUGGAAUCAAAUUAACAAUUGAACCAAAUAGAGGAGUUCAAGUAUCAAAUGAACGUUAUUGCAGUGGCCUUCGAAUUACAGAUUUGGAUGUUACCAGUGAUAUUAUGUCAUUACACAUUGGCGAUACAAUAUUAGAAGUUAAUGGAACGCCUGUUAGAGAUCAACCAUUAGAAAAUAUUGAAAAUAUAAUUAAAUAUUCAGACACUGUUGUGCAAUUGACGAUAGAGCAUGAUCCGGAAGCAAAUACAAGACUGAAACAUGCUCUUCCUUUAACAAAUUUAAGAGAUAAGGAAAGCAAAGAAAGACUAUACAGAAGGCGAGAUGAAGGUUAUAUUUCUGGAACACGAAGCAGACAACUUCGAAGAGGUCGUAACGGUUGUGCAAAAGAGAGAAGCAGUUCAACGAGUCGUUUGCUCGAAGGGUCCCCUCCAUCGGUGCGUGAACCUUGCGAAUUGUCCAGAACGCAAUCGUUCAGGGUAGAACCGAAAUCUCAAAGAAUAUUUCGCGCAUCGGAUCUUGUCAAAGGUGAGCUUUUGGGUAAGGGAUUUUUUGGUCAAGUGUACAAAGUUACUCAUAGAGAGACUGGAGAAGUUAUGGUACUUAAAGAAUUGUACAGGGUCGACGACGAAGCUCAAAAAAAUUUUUUAAAAGAAGUGGCGGUUUUAAGGAGUUUGCAUCAUUGUAACGUUCUUAGAUUUAUCGGAGUCCUUUGCAAAGACAAAAAAUUGCAUUUAGUCACCGAGUUUAUCAGCGGAGGAACAUUAAAAGAUUUAAUACAUGACAUGAACGAGCCUUUACCGUGGGAACAAAGAGUGAAUUUUGCUAAAAACAUUGCGUCGGGUAUGAGUUAUUUGCAUGCUAGAAAUAUUAUUCACAGAGAUCUCAAUUCGCAUAAUUGUUUAGUCAGAGAGGAUAAAACAGUUGUUGUGGCUGAUUUUGGUUUGGCUAGAAUAGUUUCGCAAAAUACCGGCUCGGGUUCAAAAAGGUGCGAACGUAAAAAACGUUACACGGUCGUGGGUAAUCCAUAUUGGAUGGCACCGGAAAUGAUGAAAGGUUAUAAAUACGAUGAAAAAGUUGACAUUUUUUCAUUCGGGAUAGUUUUGUGCGAGAUAAUAGGAAGAGUUCAAGCGGAUCCCGAUUAUUUGCCCAGGAGUAAAGAUUUCGGUCUUAAUCAAAGCGUUUUCCGGGAAAAAUUUUGCACGAAUUGCCCGGAAAGUUUUUACCGUUUGGCUUUUUUGUGUUGCGAUUUAAAUCCGGAUCAACGUCCCCCCUUCGAAGUCAUGGAAGUUUGGUUGGAAGGUUUAUCGAUGCAUUUAUCCGUCGGAAUUCCGUUACCACACGAUUUAGAAUACGAUAUUUACAAUUACUCAGGGAAAAGUCCUAGUUCUUCGGAAUCUACCACGCCGGAAGUAUCGAUUUCUUCUUUAGUUCCUCCUUUGCAACCUAUCGAAGAGGGUAAAACGGUUGUCAAACCUGAUGAACCUGAUGAUUCGACAACAGCAAUUGAAACAACAGCUUUAUAA